AUGGAGGCGCCGAGCGAGUCUGGCGGCGGCGGUGGGCGCAACGGAGACCUCGGUGGGGAGGAGGGCUUGCGAACUGAAGGAGGUGGCCGAAGCCCAAGGGAGAUUGCGGGGACCUCGGCUUCCAGCCCCGCCGGCUCCAGAAGGGGCAGCGCCGACAGAGACGGGCAGCCUGGGCCCGGCGAGGCAGACCACUGCCGCCGCAUCCUGGUACGAGAUGCCAAGGGGACCAUCCGAGAAAUUGUUCUGCCCAAGGGAUUGGACCUGGACAGACCCAAGCGUACCCGCACAUCCUUCACUGCUGAGCAGCUGUACCGCCUGGAGAUGGAGUUCCAGCGCUGCCAGUAUGUGGUGGGGCGUGAGCGCAACGAGCUGGCCCGCCAGCUGAACCUCUCCGAGACCCAGGUGAAGGUCUGGUUCCAGAACCGCCGCACCAAGCAGAAGAAAGACCAGAGCAGAGACCUAGAGAAGCGGGCAUCCUCCUCCGCCUCCAAGGCCUUUGCCGCUUCCAACAUUCUGUGGCUGCUGGAGCAGGGCCGGCUGCUCUCCGUGCCCAGGGCGCCCAGCAUCCUGGCGCUGACCCCGGGUCUGCCAGAACUGCCUGCUGGCCACAGGGGUACCUCCUUGGGUGACCCUAGGAACUCUUCUCCAUGCCUCAACCCUCUGCCCUCAGCUUCUGUGUCACCACCGCUGCCACCUCCUCUGCCAGCGGUCUGCUUUUCCACAGCCCUGCUUCUGGACCGGCCUGCUGGCUACGAACUGGGCUCCUCAGCCUUUGAGCCCUACAGCAGGCUAGAAAGGAAAGCAGGCAGUCCUGGUGGUGGUGGUAAGAAAGCUAACACAUAAGACUCCCACCCCUAUGAGACUCUGAGUCCUCAGCACAGCACCACCCCAGGCUCCUGGCCCCAGAGGACUGCACCGAGCAGGUCCUUCAAGGAAAGCAGCAGCAGCAGCCCCCUCCCCACCUGUCCUCAGCUCGAGACUCAACUGAAUGGCCUUGGUC